GCAUGAGUCACAACAGUGCUACAAAUUAUUAAUUUGGUUUGGUACAAAAUUCAUCAACAAACAGUACAAAUUAUUAAAACAAUCUCAAUCAAUUAAUCCAAAGUCAUGCCAACCCGUUCCAAUGAAUUUUUGCAAUCAUCUACCCCUGCUUUAUUUGGUCGUCAAAGAACACUUCACGCUAUCCUUGGUGGAGGAAAACUUGCUGAUAUCUUGCUAUGGAAAGACAAGAGAACAUCUGCAGCAGUAGUAGCUGGAGUUUCAACGGUUUGGUUUCUGUUUGAAGUGGUUGAGUAUAAUCUUGUUACUAUGUUAUGCCACAUCCUCAUAGCCCUUAUGCUCAUUCUCUUUAUUUGGUAUAAUGCAGCUGGACUUAUCACUUGGAAAGUUCCUGAUAUUUAUGAUCUUGAAAUCUCAGAAUCCAACCUUAGAUUCUUUCAUACAAAAUUCAACCUGUUCUUAAGGAAAUUUUAUGACAUUUCAACUGGGAAAGACCUCAAACUCUUCUUUGUGACUAUAGCUUGUCUAUGGAUCAUGUCUACAAUUGGAAAUUUCUUCAGCACUGUCAAUCUACUAUAUACCAUAUUUAUGUGCGUGGUGACACUUCCAAUUAUGUAUCAACGAUAUGAAUAUGAGGUGGAUUAUCUAGCAAGUAAAGGAAACCAAGACGUGAAGAGAUUGUUCAAUACAUUGGAUUCCAAAUUUCUCAAUAGGAUUCCAAGGGGACCUGUGAAAGAAAAGAAGUAUAGAUGAUUUUUAGUUAUUAUUCUGUCACACAUGAAAUAAAAUAUAUGAUGUACCUUUGAUCAGCUUUUGCCAUAAAUUGGCUACAAGCAAAUCUGUUUCCUGCCUUAAUAUGUAAAUAAAUAAUAAUGAUUGUAAAUAUAUAUAUAUAUAUAUAUAUUAUGGUCA